GGCGGUGGAGGAGCCCCCGGAACGCCACCUCGCUUCCCCCGGAGCCUCUCGGACCUCGGGGCGGCGCAGGCGCUCGAGGACUUCUCCGCGCAGACAUGGGCGGCGUCGGGGAGCCGGGAGGGGAGCGGGGGCCGCGGGAGGGGCCCGCGCAGCCGGGGGCGCCCCUGCCCACCUUCUGCUGGGAGCAGAUCCGCCCGCACGACCUGCCGGGCGACAAGUGGCUGGUCAUCGAGCGCCGCGUCUACGACAUCAGCCGCUGGGCACAGCGGCACCCGGGCGGCAGCCGCCUCAUCGGCCACCACGGCGCCGAGGACGCCACGGAUGCCUUCCGUGCCUUCCACCAGGAUCUGGAUUUCGUGCGCAAAUUCCUACAGCCCCUGCUGAUUGGCGAGCUGGCCCCGGAGGAGCCCAGCCAGGAUGGACCCCAGAAUGCCCAGCUGGUUGAAGACUUCCGUGCCCUGCGCCAGGCAGCCGAGGACAUGAAGCUGUUUGAGGCCAACCCCACCUUCUUUGCUUUCCUGCUGGGCCACAUCCUCGCCAUGGAGGUGCUGGCCUGGCUCAUCAUCUACCUCCUGGGCCCCGGCUGGGUGCCCAGCAUCCUGGCCGCCCUCAUUCUGGCCAUCUCCCAGGCCCAGAGCUGGUGUCUGCAGCAUGACCUGGGCCAUGCCUCUAUCUUCAGGAAGUCCCGGUGGAACCACGUGGCCCAGCAGUUUGUGAUGGGGCAGCUGAAGGGCUUCUCUGCCCACUGGUGGAAUUUCCGCCACUUCCAGCACCAUGCCAAGCCCAACAUCUUCCACAAAGACCCAGACGUGACCGUGGCACCCGUCUUCCUCCUGGGGGAAUCGUCUGUGGAGUAUGGCAAGAAGAAGCGCAGAUACUUACCCUACAACCACCAGCACCUGUACUUCUUCCUGAUUGGCCCACCGCUUCUCACCCUGGUGAACUUUGAGGUGGAAAAUCUGGCGUACAUGCUGGUGUGCCUGCAGUGGACAGACUUGCUCUGGGCUGCCAGCUUCUACGCCCGCUUCUUCUUGUCCUACGUCCCUUUCUACGGUGUCACUGGGGUGCUGCUCCUCUUUGUCGCUGUCAGGGUUCUGGAGAGCCACUGGUUCGUGUGGAUCACACAGAUGAACCAUAUUCCCAAGGAGAUCGGCCGAGAGAAGCACCGGGACUGGGCCAGCUCUCAGCUGGCAGCCACCUGCAAUGUGGAGCCCUCGCUCUUCAACGACUGGUUCAGUGGCCACCUCAACUUCCAGAUCGAGCACCACCUCUUCCCCACGAUGCCGAGGCACAACUACCGCAGGGUGGCCCCGCUGGUCAAGGCGCUGUGUGCCAAGCACGGCCUCAGCUACGAGGUGAAGCCCUUCCUCACUGCCCUGGUGGACAUCGUUGGGUCCCUGAAGAAGUCUGGUGACAUCUGGCUGGAUGCCUACCUCCACCAGUGAAGACAGUGCCCAGGCAGGCGGAGAAGGGGUAAGGGCCCAGGGCCCCACCGACGCCAAGCUGGCCCCAGGCAGCAUCAGCACCCCUACCCUUCCACCCCCAAGCCUGGGACGCCCUGCCUACCCUCCUGGUCCACCUGUCCUCCCCUCAGCCCCAUGCCUGUCUGUUCAGCAGCCUUACAGUUGUGACUCUGAGCCCAGAAGGACUGGGGGUAGAGGCAGAGUACAUAAAGCCACACAUGAGCAUGGCACGUUUUCCUAGAGCAAGAAUUGGGAGGAAACUGUUAUUUUUAUAUAAAAAUAAACCCAGAUAUAUUGUGCAGUA